AUGUUCUGUCCAAUGCCAUUUGUACCACAACAUAUUGUAAAACCUGUGUACCCGCCUUCAAACUCGUCCGCAAAUAUGAAUAAGCUACAACUCAAUUUGACUGACACGUCCACAAUGAAUCACUACCUGGCGGGGAUAGCAAUAAAAUACUCACUAGACGAGGACGAUAAUGAAAUUCAAGUUCUACAACACAUUGAGAAGAAAUCAACCGAUGGUCCAGAACAUUAUUCGAGCAUAUUUAAUCAGCCUGGAAACGGUGGUGACGGCACUCCACAAUACCAAAGGCCGGACCCAAAAAUGAAGAAGUGUGGUUCAAAACAGGCAAACAUCAAAAAAUGGAAAAUGUGCCGCGAGACUAAAUGCACUUGUCGCGAAGUUCACAAUCGAACACUGGGCAGACAAAAAGACGAUUAUAAAUAUGAAUUAAAGCUGCUCCGAAGGGCAAAUAACGGCAGAACAACCAAUCCAAGGCAACAUAAAUUAGGUUCAAAUGGUCACCAACCUUCAUUUUCUUCCGAUUUGACGACUCAAGGUGGAUCUAAUUCCCGCCAACCCCAUGAGCAAGAAAUUGAAAAGUCUGGUGAAUCGAAUUCAGUUUUUGGAGGAAGCUGCACUGGUCCUCCAGGUGCAAGUACACCACUGAUGCAGAAUUCUUCAAGUUUUCCAAUUCCUUCUUCCUUAUUUAACAAUCAAGCUCAUCAUGGAUCAUUGGGUACUCAACAAGUCAGGAUUCCAGGAUUACUAGGUUCGAUCUACCUUCCCUCUCCAGGAGUUAUAGAGAGAGCAAUGGAUCCAAUUUAUCGCCAAUCAUCAAGUAUCUCAUUGUCGCAUGUUCCAAGUUUACUCGAAUUGGGCCUACCCGGUGCACAAGAUAUUCGUGUAUCAUAUCAAGUUAGCAAUCCCGUCGGAGUGUCUUCCGGAAAUAUUGGUAUACUUCCAAAUGAUAAGAUGGAGCAGACAAUGGACCGACGAAGUUUACAAGAUAAUAUUGUUCAAAAGAAACCAUUUUCCAAUCCAGAAAAACACCAGCCGGCAACGGAUCAGAUUUCACAAUCCCAAUCUGGACCAGUUUCAACUCAAAACUCGGCUUUGAAAAAUUGUUAUGAGACGGAGAAGAAAUUGAUCACUGUACGACCGGCUGGAAUGUCUUAUGAGAAUUAUCGUGAAGCCUUGUUCGAUCAAUUCGAUGAGAUGCGUUUAGCUAAGAAAAAAAUUUGCUUGCGAUUCCUCAAUGAACCCAUAUAUGGAGCAGGAAUUUCAGUUCCCCAGAAGCCCAAAAUAUUAUUUGGAUCCGCAAUGAAAACCGAGACUGUACCACUAUUUGAGCCUUCAAAUCUACCAUCUCAUUUGCUCCCGGUAGCGAAAUCCGCAGAAUACGUUUCGUCGUCAGCACAACAGAGAUUGAAACAUUGUGAGGAAGCUAUGUAUGGGCAAUGGGAUAAGACAAAAACGGAAUCCGAUUGCUCAUGUGAAAGUAAAAAGAAAUUAAUUUCCACGGGACAACGGCAAUGCCGAGUCGCAUCUACUCCAUGA